GAAGUAGCAUGUUUCCAUUGUGGGUGUAACAGGUGAUUACAGUGAAGCAUAUCUGCGAACGUUUUAGCGUUGGAGUUGUUUUGAGAAAAAGAAAAAAAAAACUUAUUUUUUAUACAACCGCAUUUCUACCGAUAACUGUGACAAGCGUUCAGCCGGUAAACUUGUUUACAGAUUUCCUCCUGCACAUAUAUUCGAAGAUAAAAUGGAGAGGGACUCAACCGGUACUGCAGAAAAGACCGAGCCGGCUUCGCCUUUGAGGAAAAAUAUGAACCAAGACACCUGCGCAGCUAAUUCCAACGGCGCCCUGGAUGAGACCUGCGGUACUCCUGACGUCGCAAAGGCCAGGUGGACUCUCCUCAGACAGGUGUUGCGUCAGAAGCAGGCGGACACUCCGGAGGUCAAACAGGUGUCCGUCCGCAGGUUCGCAACAUUUGACCUUUUCAGCAGGAAAAGAUUUCUGACGCAAGACUCUAGUGACAACUCCGAUGACCAGUGGGUGGAGUACAGAAGUGUCUACUUUCCCGAAUACAGCUCCUUGCUCAGGGAUAACCUCGGGCCCAUCAGGGUCAAUGAAGUGCUCAACAGUUUUGACAACACCGGUAAUGUCUGUGUGUGGCCGUCUGAGGAGGUGAUGGCUCAUUACUGUCUGCAGAAACACCACAUGUUCAAGGGUGCAGUGUGUGAGUUAGGAGGAGGUAUGACUUGUCUCGCUGGGCUCAUGGUUGCCAUUUGUGCUGACGUGAGGGAAGUUCUGCUAUCUGAUGGGAACGAGAAGUCCAUUCAGAAUGUUCGACGGCUGGCCGAAAGAAACAGGCGGGCUGGAAAGUUUGGGUCGACACAGGUAUCUGCCAGGGUGCUGAGGUGGGACUCUGAUUCAGACAUUUCGCCACUGGAGGGUCACUUUGACAUUGUCAUGUGUGCAGACUGUUUGUUCCUCGACCAGUACAGAGCCAGCCUGGUCGAUGCUAUAAGGAGAUUACUGCGACCCAACGGCAUGGCGGUGGUGUUUGCACCGCUGCGGGGGGAAACGCUCAGACUGUUUUGUCAACUGGCCCAGCAGGCCGGACUCUGUGCCUCUCAACACCAGCAGUACGACGCUCAGGUCUGGGAUGUUCACCUGAAGAUGCAGACCGAGGGAAAAGAUGCCUACGAUGAGAACAUCCACUAUCCCCUCCUCAUCACCUUGACCAAAGGACCUCAACCUGUCAGCCACACUCAGUAACACCCCCCCCCCCCCCCCUCCCUCCCCCCCCCCCCAUACCUUUGGCUAUUUGAGCUGUACAGAGUCGUGUGGACAGUGUGAACCACAGUGAACAGGGUCAGAAUACAGGGUUACGUCGGUCCAAAGUGCAGAGAGCAAACCAAGUUGUGGACACAUUUGAGGUAUUUUUCAUAUAGCUACAGGGACCAGUGGGAGGCUUCAUUGGCCGACGCAUUCGAGCGUUUACGUGUGUGUUUUUGCAGUUUCAAGUGUUGUACUGAGAAGCUCCUUUCCAAAGCUGUGGGGGCACGUUGACUGUGGCCGAGGAGGCCGUGUUCCAACCGUCCGCCGGAUGCCAAAGGACCACAACGCACAGUCAGCCCUUCAACCAGUGCGCCUGCAGUAGAUCGGCCACCCCGAGGACGUACCAAUCCAAGUGCCAAGCGAUCACGUGACCCACCAGGCAAAUAAGUCCAUUCAGAUGCCUGUCAUGGUCACUAAUUAGCCAGUAAUCCAGUCAUCAUUCCAGCCGCUUUUUAGUCCGCCGCGUGGACAUUUCCCUCCGUCCGUCCUACUGUAGGUGUCAGUUCGCCCCCUGAAACCUGUCAUUAUUAACCCAUGCUACUGUGUUGCUGGCCUCAGCGUGGAGGCCGGCUCUAAUUCAUUAACCGCCGCAGACUGUGGAGCCGCUCACAGUUUCCUUUGUGUUUCCUUUAUUUCUCUCCGUUCCCUUCUUUCCCCGGCUCCAAUUUCUUCUAAUACAACUCAUUCAUCCCAGUCAGAGGUCAGUACUAAGAACUUCUUUUGUGCAUUUCUUUUCAAUAGAACAUUAACAUAUUAAGGCACGUUCAGACCAAAGAAGCAAUUGUUGCUGCCCUGGAGCUGCAGUUAAGCACAGUACGCCGGAGCCACGUAUUUUACACAGCUGUGGUGGUAAUACGAUUGGUACGAAUUGUACUUCAGACCCUACAGCCCCCAAUAAUAUCUACUCAAACUACGGCUUUACUGCUAGCUGGUUAAAUUGUUUUAAAGUGCCACUGAUCCGCGGUCAACCUCUUUUUGCCCUUAAAACAAUCAGAUCCAACGGCAGCUGUUAAAGAGAGAGAGAGAGAGAGAGAGAGAGAAUACAUGCACAUGAGUUGCAGCGACUUCUCAAAUGUGUCGACUACUGACCCCGAUGCUUUGGAACAGAGGGUUUUGCUCUGGCUGCUGUUUCGUGUGAUACAGACAUAUCAAACGGCGCCGUACCCCCAACGUCCGCUUGUUACAGACAAUCUGCUGCCAGUCCAGCUGGCGCGCCAAUGUCCACUGGCUCCGUGAGCACAUUGUCGAAGUCUAUCAAGGGCUACGUUCACUUUUGAAUGUGUGCAAAGUCUAUAUUGAUAUUUAGUGGUGUGUUUAUUUGCUAAUUGAUUCAGAGUUUUGGUAUGUACAGCAAAACGGUGUUUUCUUGUUUUGUAUGCUGUCACUUAGCUGUCACUUGGCCUUCGAGGCAGGGGAGGUGAAGCUACGCUUUCCCCGCUGCCAACACACGCCAAUUGGAAGGCAACAGAGUCCGUGUCUGACACAAAAGGUGUCUGCAGAACAUCUGGAGACGACGUUUAAAAGCAUUGCAAAAAGAUACUGCUUGAAACACGACACCCUAAUUCUUGAAAGUCGCACACGCUUACACACAAAGAGCAAAAAAAAACGUCGCACAUUUCAGACCAAUUGCUUCUUCCGUUUUAUAUCCGCUGUAUUAGUUGUUCUACUCAGGUCUCUUUCCAUGCAUUCAGCUCUUCUCUGUUUCUCGUGGCAUUAAAGAAACGCCACUCAAGCCUAAAAUUGUACCUAUCACUAGUAAAGUGUUUCCAUAUUUCACUGUGACCCGUUGUUUUAUACAGCAGCAAAGAAGCUAUGCAGUAUCUUCCGGUUAUUUGCAUCCCUUUUGUUGGAAAAAUAAUCCACCUUCACUAAUGAGAGGUAUUCCCUGUGUGUAACUACUCCGAAAAGUAAAUUAAGCCAGUUUUUAUCAGUGAACUUAAAUUGCAUUGCAAAAAAAAAAAAAUGUGCCCAUUGCAAAUGUUUUAAUUACCUUUUUAUCUCUAAUGCAGUCUGUUGUCUACCUUAGAUAUCUGCGGGGUUAAGGCCUAAAUAGCAUCCCGACUGGGAACAGUGUACAGUGACCUCAUGGCUGCGUAGUGCGGCGCCACGUCACCGUUUACCGCCGCUGUCCGCUCCGCGUCGCUGCUCCCGUCAAAACUUUAGGACUCGCCGUUUGGGGUCAGUGGGCCCGGGACACUGGUCACUGUGACGUCAGAAUCGGCCCUCGGCAGGAACCAGGCAGGAAGCAGGCAGGGAGGCGAUGUCUCCGCCCGCCUGGUCUUGGGAUUGCCCAAACAUGAUUCUUGGAGUUCGCAGGCCGUGUCCACGCUAAUCCAGAUAGAUUUUUUGAUGUGAAUGACGUGCGAGCCGCUCUUUGUAGAACACUGAACACUUUUGAAAAUACAAAUGUACAAUUGUUGUGUGGUUUAUACUGUUUUGAGGUUUGGCACAAGAAACACAAACUGUUAUUUACCUCCAUGAAAUGUUCUAAUUUACCCCCCUUUAGUGUGGACAUGACCUCAUAGAGUGAGUUUUUCUGUUCAGUACAUACGAUGAUCUCUGCUUCACUGUAGUUAAUGGGUAAUGAAUGUUAUACUUUGGGUUGUGAUUGAAUACAAAUAAAUACAUUUUCUUCAAGACA